CAUCACAAGAUGGCGGCCCCUGCACCAGGUUCAGGCCCCGGUGUCUCCUCUGGUGUCAGUACCGGGUGUCCGGGUGUCUCCUCGGAUGUGGUGGCCCCAAGUAUUAGCAGUAGUAGUGUGAAUCCCUUCCUCAGUGACUCAGAAGAAGAAGAGGAGGAGGAAGAAGAAGACGAAGAGGAGGAUGAUGAUGAUGAGUCCCCAGCAGACCCCCGCCCCGGUACCCAGCUCGCCCCUCGCUAUCUUCAGGAGUACGGUGAGCCACCCACGCUGCCCCCCGUGGGACCUCGAUGCUGUCCUCCCGCGGGGGAGCUGGGCCGAGUACCCAUUGACGCGGUUGCAGCUCAGCUGCUGCGGGAUCAGCUGUUACUGACAGCUCUGGAGCUGCACACAGAGCUACUGGAGACCGGACGGGAGCUGCCCAGACUCCGGGAUUACUUCUCUAACCCUGGCAACUUUGAGAGACCUGCAGCGGGGGCACCACUAGGGAGCAGCAACACAGCCAGCACCGGCACCGGGGGACAACUGAACCGAGCAGGCAGCAUUAGCACACUUGAUUCCCUGGAUUUUGCACGGUACUCUGAUGAUGGGAACAGGGAGACAGAUGAAAGGGUGACAGUCCUGGAGUUUGAACUACGGAAAGCCAAGGAGACCAUUCAAUCGCUCAGGGUCAACCUGACUCUGACAGCAGAAAAUGAGGGCCCGUUGCAGGAACGAAAAAAUUAUAAAUCAAGUUCUGAAAUUCAGGAGCCUAUAAAACCGCUUGAAAAAAGAGCACUAAACUUCCUUGUGAACGAGUAUUUAUUAAAAAAUAACAACAAGCUCACGUCAAUAACCUUUUCAGAUGAAAACGAUGACCAGGAUUUUGAGCUGUGGGAUGACGUAGGAUUAAAUAUUCCAAAGCCCCCAGAUCUUUUGCAACUAUACCGUAACUUUGGGAACCACCAAACAAUUACAAAAGAUGUGGUGGAUAUUGCAGUUGGUGUGAAGGAAGAAGAACUGCAGCCCGUCCACAGUAAAGAGUAUCCUACUGCAGAGCCACAAACUCUACAGAAAUCUGCAGUAGAGCAGGAAUUAGAAGAUAGAAUUAUUUUAUGUAACACUGAAAAAGCUGCUUUGUUGGAUAAAAUCCUGGAUCUUGAAAGGGAGAUUGAAACGCUAAAAAACGCAAAUUCUCUAUUAGACGUUUCUGCUACAGCCAAGCUUCUUUCAGACAGAUUGCAAAAUCAAAUGUCAGUUGAGAGUGACCACUACAUAGAUAUCAGAAGUUCUGACAGUGAAACAAAACGUGACCAAUCAGAAGAAAGGAGGCCUGAUGGACAGCCUGAAACUGAGGUUGAUUCCCGCCCUCCACAAGAGGUUCCCCCCAGUCCCGAAUUAUUGAAGGUGAACAAGAAAACUCUACUGAGUGCGCCACCCAGUAAAGCUGGUGUACAAUUUGACAAACCAAAUAGGAAACUGUCGCCUGCCUUUCAUCAAGCGCUUCUCUCGUUUUGUCGAAUGUCUGCAGACAGCCGUUUGGGCUCAGAGGUCUCAAGAAUUGCAGACAGCGAGAAAGGUGUUAUGCUGAUGCUGGGACGAUGCUUACCUCACAUUGUCCCAAAUGUGCUGCUUGCAAAACGAGAGAGAAUGGUUGUGCAUCUGUGUCAGGAAUUGAUUCCGCUCAUUUUGUGCACUGCCUGCCUCCAUCCAGAGUCCAAAGAAAGAGACCAGCUCCUGCACAUACUGUUCAACUUAAUCAAGCGCCCGGACGAUGAGCAAAGGCAAAUGAUUUUAACUGGAUGUGUUGCGUUUGCUCGUCAUGUUGGACCAACCCGAGUUGAAGCAGAGCUUUUACCUCAGUGCUGGGAACAGAUCAAUCACAAAUACCCAGAAAGAAGACUGCUUGUGGCAGAGUCCUGCGGAGACCUAGCGCCAUACCUCCCUAAGGAAAUCAGAAGUUCAUUAGUGCUGUCAAUGCUGCAGCAAAUGUUGAUGGAGGAUAAAGCAGACAUGGUACGGGAAGCUGUAAUUAAAAGCCUAGGCAUUAUUAUGGGAUACAUUGACGAUCCAGACAAAUACCAACAGGGUUUUGAACUUCUAUUGACAGCCUUAGGUGACCCUUCAGAAAGAGUAGUAAGUGCCACUCAUCAGGUGUUUUUACCAGCCUAUGCUGCAUGGACUAUGGAACUGGGAAAUCUACAGUCUCAUCUCAUUCCUACGCUGCUUAAUAAAAUUGAAAAACUCCUCAGGGAAGGAGAGCAUGGGCUGGAUGAACACAAGCUACAUAUGUACCUAUCUGCCUUGCAAUCCCUGAUCCCUUCAUUAUUUGCAACUGUGUUGCAGAAUGCACCUUUUACAAGUAAAGCCAAACUUCAGGGUGAAAUUCUACAGAUAGAAGUGACUAGAUUCCCUAGACCUAUGUCUCCUCUUCAAGAUGUAGCAACCAUUAUCGGAAGCCGCGAGCAGCUAGCUGUGCUACUGCAGCUAUAUGAUUAUCAGCUGGAGCAUGAGGGAACAACCGGCUGGGAAAGUUUGCUUUGGGUUGUUAAUCAGCUAUUACCACAACUAAUAGAAAUAGUUGGACGCAUAAAUGUUGCAUCAACAGCUUGUGUCCAUGAGUUUUCUAGAUUUUUUUGGCGGAUGUGCAGAACUUUUGGAAAAAUCUUUACCAACACUAAGGUUAAACCACAAUUCCAGGAAAUCUUGAGAUUAUCUGAAGAAAAUGUUGACUCUACUGCAGGAAAUGGAGUCCUUACAAAAGCCACUGUCCCUAUAUAUGCAACUGGAGUCCUUACAUGCUAUAAUCAGGAAGAAGACCGUAAACUGUUAGUUGGAUUUUUAGAGGAUGUAAUGACCAUGCUCUCAUUGUCUCAUGCACCUUUGGACAGUCUUAAGGCCUCCUUUGUAGAGCUGGGGACAAAUCCGGCAUACCAUGAGUUGCUUCUGACCGUUCUUUGGUAUGGGGUUGUCCACACUUCAGCACUAGUUAGAUGUACCGCUGCCAGAAUGUUUGAGCUUUUGGUGAAAGGGGUGAAUGAAACUUUGGUAGCUCAGAGAGUUGUUCCUGCUCUGAUUACUCUCUCCAGUGAUCCUGAAAUCUCUGUAAGGAUUGCAACAAUCCCAGCAUUUGGUACUAUCAUGGAAACUGUCACCCAGCGAGAGUUAUUAGAGAGGGUGAAGAUGCAGCUGGCUUCAUUCCUUGAAGACCCCCAAUAUCAAGAUCAGCACUCGCUACAGACAGAGAUAAUCAGGACGUUUGGGAGAGUCGGACCUAACGCAGAGCCUCGCUUCAGAGAUGAAUUUGUUCUUCCCCAUCUACACAAGCUGGCAUUGGGCAACAAUCAACAGGCUGUGGAUUCAAAGAGAUUGGACAUUGCCACUUACUUGUUUGAGGCGUACAGCGCUCUCUCCUGCUGUUUUAUUUCGGAGGAAAUCAUGGUGAAUCACUUUUUGCCAGGACUCAGGUGUUUACGUCUGGAUAUGGAGCAUCUGUCUCCUGAACAUGAGGUGAUAUUGAGCUCAAUGAUAAAAGAAUGUGAACAGAAAGUGGAGAACAAGACUGUGCAAGAGCCCCAGGGUUCAAUGUCCAUUGCUUCAAGCCUUGUUAGUGAAGAUACAAAGACAAAGUUCUUAAACAAAAUGGGACAGUUGACAACGUCUGGUGCAAUGUUGGCUAAUGUUUUUCAGAGGAAGAAAUAAAAAUGGCUUGUGUUGGCGGCCAAUAAAACACUAAAGAUGGACCACACUCCUUGGUUUCUUGUACUUGAAGUACCUGCCUUUUUAUUUGUUUUGGGUUUUUUCUGUCUUAAGUUCUUGUAAUAUAUUUUAUUAAAAACUCCAAAGAUAUUUGCACUUCAUUAAAAUAUCAGCAUGUCUGUUGAUUUUGGAGUUAACACCGUAGUUCAUAUUUAAGUGGGAUCAUUAGCCUUUACCAUGUCUCUGUUCUGUGUAUUUGUCUAUUUUUUUUAUUAUAAAUAUAUAUAUAUAUAGCGAAAAGUAUUUUUUCUGAAAAAACUAUGAGCAAUUCUAUCUGUUAUAUACUGCACAAAUAGCAAAGGUACUUAAAAAGAUGUAAAUUUAAACUUUUGUCAUGAAGUAAUAAAGUGAACGAUUGCUGUGUAUUUAAAUUAUUAAAGGAAUAA